AGGCGCACAACAGAGGAGCGAGGCAACGAAGACGGAUCCACGGCGGAACGAUGCGGCCGAAAGACCCGAUAAAACGGCGAAAAUCGCCCAAAAAGGCGACACCGGUCGAAGAAGACGAAAUGGGAUAGAACAUUUCGUUGUAAAUGGGUAUUUUCUCCAUCUUUCGCAAAGUGGGUUCAGUGAAAGGAGAUCUGACCAAAGUAAAAUGGUUGAGAUUUAGCAAUGGUGGGGUCUUGAUGUGAGCAACUGGGCUGAUUCGCAGUCUAAUUGAAUACAUGGACACGGUGCGAAUGCUGGUUGAAUUUUCUUUUUAAAAAAGAAGACAACUCUACUCCAUUCACCUGGAUAUUGCUGCAGUGAAGACAGCCAUUGUUAAACAUGAAGAUGGAAAGUGAUUUGGCAAUUGGCCAAAUUUUGACAAGAUGAAACCUUUUCUGACUGGACAUUUGCGAUUGGAUAUUUUUUUUGGGGUGGUGUAUCUUCAACAGUGGAACAUUAUUCAAUGCUGGCUGUGUAAAGGACUCGUUUAAAAAGUUCUUACUUUUGAAAGAACUUGGCCCUUGUAUUUGAUAUUUAAAUGUUGUUUUUAAAUAAAGUUUUCUUCAUUUUCCCUGAGUUUGUUUCAUUAGAUGGCUAGCUAUUCUAGCUACAGAUGUUAAAAUUUCCAAAAGAUCCUACUGCUGUAAACUACAAGGAAUUUGGUGGUGUGUCUCAACAGCUGUUUUGCUACAAUUGGUUUAUAAAUCAAUUUAAUUUGACUUAAUACAAUAUCUAAUCAGAUGAGCAGGUACCUCAGUGGUUUAAGGAGUUGGGCUACCAGCGUGUAGACUUUGGUUUGAUUCCUGGUUAUUCUGCUUGUCUGUGUCCUUGGACAAAACACUUAAAGUCCACCCAGCUGUAACCUAUGGUCCAUCAAGGAGCAGUUGUAGUCUCGCAUUACAGAAUCUGGGUAUGUGCAUAGGCACCAAUGGGACUCAGGGCCUAUAUAGGACUUGCAGUGCAAUAUCCCAUGCACCAGUUAAUUUGCUCCCAAUUCAGUCCUGUUAUUUAAUGUUCGGCACUUGCGGGGGGAAAACCCUCAGCCGCACUCAGCACAACAAUUACAAAAUUUAUGUAGAAAAAUGAAAGUAUUGGUAGACUGGGAAUAGAGGUUAAAGCUUGAACAGAAAUGUGACAGUGAUUGAGAGAUGCACAAUAAAUAUAAAUAAAAUUUGGACAUUUAGCUAGUCUUUUUAAUAAUUCCUGUCAAUUUCUUUUUUUUUUUUUUAUUGUGAAUAGCAUUUUAAUGCAUUGAGUUUCUCUAUAUCCCUUUGCAUUGAUUUCCCAGCUAGCAUUGAGGGCUAGCUAUAACCUAUAAACUAGCUCGUGCUUUAGCUUGUAAUCAGUUUAGUAAUGAAGCUUCCUAGUGUCCACUGUGCACCUCUACGUUUCAGGUUCAUACUUCGCAUUCGCCUUUUGAUCUGAAGUUAAAUAAAAAUUAACACUUAAAGUUUAAAUUUGACUGCAAGUAAUUUAACCGCUAAACUUACUUUAUUCUGUCCAUUUAAAUCUUCAGACAAAUAUGUCCCAAAUUAACAAACUAAUACUACCGUACUUCUUUGAAGAUGACAUAGCAAUUUUUAAAAACCUAAAACUGCCCUCUGAUGGUGGGUGUAUCUAAAAUGGCUUCUGGUUCUUCUUCCUGCCAAAGCAGGAAGUGAUGUAAAUCUGUUAAAUAAUAUAUUCUCUUACAAAAACCUCUCAAUGUUCUUCCCUAAAUAGAAAGCAGAAAUUUUUCACUUUUAUGUCAAAUGUCUGGGCAUAAAAUAUAUUUAAGUGUAUAUAAAAUAAGUUUUUAAUUCUUAUAAAGGGGUGGGACUUAAACCAUCACCUGAGUGUGGUGUAAAUGGAAAUAACGUCAAUCAAAGGGAAAGCUUUCAGAGCUAGGAAGGAGCUCUAGAUGGCGGCUCAGCCUUGGGAAGGGUGCCGGUGGCUUCCGUUGCAACGUUUUUCUUGCCUUCUUUUCGACCGAAACCGUUCGUUAGUGGAUAAAAGUUAGCGGUCGCGAUCGAGACGUUGUUUUUCGUACGAGAUUGGGGUGUUUUUGCGCGUUUGGUCGGUGUUUUUUCGAGCUGUAGGAGCCGUCCGUGCUGGAGGACUGCUUGUCGUUGUUUUCCAUACUGGGCUCUGGCAGCCAUGGCGCGCCUCCAUUUUUAGUCUGCUGCUCGCCUCUCCACUCUUGACACAUCCACACUGGGAAAGGCCUUUAGUUUUUUUUUUUUUUUUUCCCCUCCCUGGAAACUAUUAUUGGGUUUUUUUUUAUUUCGUGUUCUUUAUCUUUAUAGUUUAUAUUAAAAAAAUAAAUUUCGAAUCGCGGAUUUAUUUAAAUUCUUGUGGACUCGGAGAAGCCGAAUCUGAGUUGAUUUCCAGGCUACCACCUUUCUUCACAUAGAAUCGGUAUGUUUACGUUGUGCAGUGAAUGAAUUUAUGACUUUUGUCAUUCUGAACUCCUGUUUUUCUAAUCCUUUAAGCGAUGACGCAGUUAGAAUUAAAUGCAUGCGGCUUGAUCCUAUGAACAGUAUCGAAGUACAAGGAUGGUCAUUGUAACAGCGUCUGAAGGGUUUUUAUUUAUAAACUAUAUUAACGUGAAGAAUAAUCGUUAUAUUUUUGACAUUGUUUUUUCCUUUUUUUGCGUCGCACCUCCCGGGUUUAAACUGCCACCUGAGCAAAGAAAAUCUUGUAGGGCUGUUGUGAGAGUUGAUGCCCCACUUAACUUUUUGACAGUAAAUAAGGACAGAAGUGCUUCCCAUCUGACAUUAUAAGGAUAUUACCAUGAUGAAGAAUAAAAGUAAAAAACAGGAGGACGAAGGUUCGGCUCAUAGCAAUGCAUCAAGCAACUCGGCUUCAGAAGAAUCCAACCACUCUGGCUCAGAGUCUGCAAGUCAGUCAGAGAGCAAUCAUGGCAGUGAGAGAAGGCAGUCCCACAACUCAGAGUCCAUCAGCUCCUCAGAAUCGGAGAGUCGCUCUGAGUCGGAGAGCGAAUCUGCAGAGUCCAAGUCACAGCAAGCUGCAGCAGAAGUCAAAGGCAAACCUGUCAGAAAGAAGGAGCGCCUUGCAGAUGUGAAGAAGAUGUGGGAUGAACAUCCAGAUGUGUAUGGGGUCAGGAGGUCAAAUCGGAGUAGGCAGGAGCCAGCUCGCUUAAACAUUGGAGCUGGGGGUAGUAGUGAUUCUGAGAGUGAAAGUCCAAAGAGAAAAGCUGUGAGGUCUAAAAAGAAAGAAAAAAUCUGGAAAGAUGAUGACUCAAAUGAUGAUGAAGACGAGGAGGAUGAGGAAGAAUCCAACAGUACAGACAGUGAGCAGGAAGAGAGAAAAGUUAGAUCCAGACGUCUUCCUGCUAGAAGACCUCAGACCAAAUCGAUGACCAAAAAGCAGCUUUCUCAAAAAGUAAGGAAAACGAGGAAACAAGAGUCAUCUGCUGAGGAUGACGACGACGAUGAUGACGACGACGAUGACGAUGAUGAAGACACUCCAAAGAGACAGACUCGAAGAAGGGGUGCAACAAAAGUCAAAAGUUAUAAAGAGGACCAACAUGACUUUGAAACAGAUUCUGACGAUUUAAUUGAAAUGACGGGCGAUGCAUGCGAGGAGCAGCAGGACGACAACAGUGAAACUAUAGAGAAAGUUAUGGAUACAAGGGUCGGCAAAAAAGGAGCUGUUGGUGCCUCCACGACUGUGUAUGCUGUGGAGGAAAAUGGGGAUCCAUGCGAAGGCUUCGACCCAGACAAGGAUGAGGGAGAGACUCAGUAUCUGAUCAAGUGGAAGGGCUGGUCCUACAUCCACAACACAUGGGAGAGCAUGGACACUCUGACACAACAAAAGGUCAAAGGACUAAAGAAACUUGACAAUUACAAAAAGAAGAAUGAGGAGCUCAACGCAUGGUUGCGAAAGGCGUCUCCCGAGGAUGUUGAAUUUCAUAACUGCCAGCAGGAGCUCACUGCUGACUUGAACAAGCAGUUCCAAAUUGUGGAGCGUAUAAUCUCAACAAAAACAGGAAAAACCCAAGGGUCUUCUGACUUCCCAUCUCAUAGUCACAAGACUCCAUCAUCUAACGAGCCAGAGUAUCUAUGCAAGUGGAUGGGUUUACCAUACAGCGAGUGCAGCUGGGAGGAUGGAGCCUUGGUUGGAAAGAAGUUUCAGCACUGCAUAGAUAGCUUCAUCAACCGAAACUCCAGCAAGACUGUCCCCUCCAAAGACUGCAAAGUGUUGAAGCAGCGACCAAGAUUUGUUGCACUCAAGAAGCAGCCGACAUAUAUUGGAGAUGAGAAUUUAGAAUUGAGAGAUUAUCAGCUGGAUGGACUGAACUGGUUAGCUCACUCCUGGUGCAGGUGUAAUAGUGUCAUUUUAGCUGAUGAGAUGGGACUGGGAAAGACCAUCCAGACCAUCUCGUUCCUUUCCUAUCUUUUCCACCAGCAUCAACUUUAUGGGCCUUUCUUACUGGUGGUGCCCUUGUCAACACUAACCUCCUGGCAGCGCGAGUUUGACACGUGGGCCCCCGACAUGAAUGUGGUGGUUUAUCUAGGUGACGUCAUGAGCCGGAAAACGAUUCGUGACUAUGAAUGGGUGAACCAUCAAACAAAAAGAAUCCGUUUCAAUGCACUUUUAACUACUUAUGAAAUUGUGCUUAAAGAUAAGGGGGUGCUCGGGAACAUUAACUGGGCAUUUUUGGGUGUGGAUGAGGCUCACAGACUGAAGAAUGAUGACUCCCUGCUUUAUAAAACAUUAAUGGAGUUCAGGUCAAACCACAGGCUGCUUAUUACUGGCACCCCGCUGCAGAACUCCCUCAAAGAGCUUUGGUCACUGUUACACUUCCUCAUGCCUGACAAGUUUGAUUCCUGGGAGGAUUUUGAGGAUGACCACGGUAAAGGUCGUGAAAAUGGUUAUCAGAGUCUUCACAAAGUCCUUGAGCCCUUCCUUCUGCGACGAGUCAAGAAAGAUGUGGAAAAAUCUCUGCCUGCCAAAGUGGAGCAGAUUCUGCGUGUAGAUAUGUCCGCACAGCAGAAACAAUUUUACAAGUGGAUUUUAACUAGAAAUUACAAGGCUCUUGCCAAAGGCACUCGAGGCAGUUCCACCGGCUUCUUGAACAUUGUUAUGGAGCUAAAAAAGUGCUGCAACCAUAGUUUUCUCAUCAAGCAUCCAGAGGAGGGAGAUGCUGAGACACAGCAAGAACACCUGCAGGGUGUGGUAAGGGGCAGUGGGAAGUUGGUCUUGUUGGAUAAGCUGCUGACCAGACUCAGAGAGCGGGGAAACAGAGUCUUGAUCUUCUCCCAGAUGGUCAGGAUGUUGGACAUUCUAGCCGAAUAUUUGGCCAUGAAACGCUACCCUUUCCAGCGGUUGGACGGUUCUAUUAAGGGAGAAAUUCGAAAGCAGGCACUUGAUCACUUUAAUGCAGAAGGCUCAGAGGACUUCUGCUUCCUGUUGUCCACUAGAGCUGGAGGUUUAGGAAUAAACUUGGCUUCAGCAGACACUGUAGUUAUCUUUGACUCUGACUGGAAUCCUCAAAACGACCUGCAGGCACAAGCCAGGGCUCAUAGGAUUGGCCAGAAGAAGCAGGUGAAUAUUUAUCGACUGGUUACCAAAGGAACUGUGGAGGAAGACAUCAUUGAGAGGGCAAAGAAGAAGAUGGUGUUGGACCAUCUUGUCAUUCAGAGAAUGGACACUACAGGCCGGACAGUACUAGACAGCAACUCAGGAAACACAAAUUCAAAUCCAUUCAAUAAAGAAGAGCUGACUGCCAUCCUCAAGUUUGGAGCAGAAGAGCUUUUUAAAGAGACAGAAGGAGAGGAAUCUGAACCACAGGAGAUGGAUAUUGAUGAGAUCCUGAGGUUGGCUGAAACAAGAGAAAGUGACCAGGGCUCAAGUGCUACAGAUGAGCUUCUAUCUCAGUUUAAGGUGGCCAAUUUCUCCAGCAUGGAGGAGAGCACUCCAGAGUUUGAAGAGAAGCCAGCACGAGAAUGGGAUGAUAUAAUCCCUGAAGAUCAACGGCGCAAAAUUGAGGAGGAGGAGAAACAACGGGAGAUGGAGGACAUCUUUAUGCUGCCCAGGCACAGGAGCUCAAACAAGCCAGCUCUGGCCAAUGAUAGUGACAGUGACGUUGGCUCCAAGCUGAAGCACCGCUCAUCAGGCUCCGAGAGUGAGACAGACGAUAGUGAUGAUGACAAAAAGCCGAAGAAGAGGGGCCGACCUCGUGCACGCAAGAAUACCGUGGAGGGCUUCACUGAUGCAGAGAUUAGAAGGUUUAUAAAAGCAUACAAGAAAUUUGGAGCUCCCCUUGAAAGGUUAGAGGCCAUCGCCCGUGACUCAGAGUUAGUGGACAAGUCGAUAGCUGACCUGAAGAGACUUGGUGAACUGCUUCACAGUAGCUGUGUGGCUGCAGUGCAGGAGCAUGAAGAACAACUUAAAGAGAAUCCUGCUGAAGCCAAAGGUCCUGGGAAACGCAGAGGAGUUAAUAUCAAGAUCUCAGGUGUACAGGUCAACGCCAAAUCCAUUAUCCAGCACGAGGAAGAGUUUGAGCCUCUGCACAAAGUGGUGCCUUCCAAUCCUGCUGAGAGAAAUAAGUUCAAGCUGACAUGCAGGGUCAAGGUAGCCCACUUUGAUGUAGACUGGGAUCUGCAGGACGACACUCAGCUUCUGCUGGGCAUUUAUGAACAUGGCUUCAGCAACUGGGAUUUGAUCAAGACGGACCCUGACUUGAAGAUGGCUGAUAAGAUCCUCCCAGAUGACCCAAGCAAGAAGCCUCAGGCCAAACAGCUGCAGGCGAGAGCCGAGUAUCUUCUGAAGCUGCUGAAAAAAGAACAAGACAGUUCAGAAGUGCCAAAGACAGGAGAGGAGGUCAAAGUGAAGAAGAGAAAGCCUCGAGUGAAAAAGGAGAACAAGACUAUCAAAGAUGAGCAAGGCAAUGAAAUCUCCUCACCUCGUCUCUCGGAAAACCCAUCAGAGGAAGGCGAAGUCAAGGACGAAGGAACAGAGACGUCUCCCAGCAAGAAGAAACAAAAGAAGAAGGAUAACAAAGAGAACAAAGAAAAACAAGGAACUCCAAAAAAGAAGGAAGGCAACAAAGAAAAAAAGAGUAGCAAGCCCAGAAAAGAAAAGGCUAAAGGAGGUAAAGGGAAGAAAACUCAGGGUCCAGUUCACAUCACUGCUGGAUCUGAUCCUGUUCCCAUCGAAGGCAAGGAUGAUGAUGAACUCGACCAGGAGACCUUCAGUAUUUGUAAGGAGCGCAUGAGGCCAGUGAAAAAAGCCCUGAAGCAGCUUGACAAACCUGAUGAAGGUCUGUCUGACCAGGAACAGCUCCAGCACACACGCACAUGCUUAUUGAAGAUCGGGGACCGGAUCACAGAGUGCCUUAAAUCUUACAGUGACCCCGAACAUGUCAAGUCAUGGCGACGAAACCUCUGGAUUUUUGUGUCCAAAUUCACUGAGUUUGGUGCAAGAAAGCUUCACAAACUUUACAAGAUGGCACAGAAAAAGCGCUCUCAUGAGGAGGAGAAGGAGCAGAAGAAGAAGGAGGACUCUGCUGGGAGGGCAAAGUCUUUCAAACCAGAGCCUUCUGGUUCCAGUCGAGACUCCUUGAGUACACAUCCGUCUGCCAAACCCAUGCCUCACCUUGCGCCGCCUGGUUCCCACGGACACCACAGAGAACCAUACAACAUGGCUAACAAGCGACACUUUGGCAAUGACGAUCGAGGAGACUGGCAAAGGAACCGUAAAUACAAUUAUCCAGGUAACAGCAACCAGCCAUGGCAGGGAGACCGACAUCAUCCAUACGACCCGCAUCGCUUUAAGGAUCAUUAUGGUGAUCGAAGGCCUCACGGAGAUUCGUAUCGCAGCUCAGGCGGUUACCGCAACAAUAAUGCCCCACGAAAGAGGCCAUAUGACCAGUACAGCAACGACCGGGACCACAGAGGCCAUCGACCGUAUUAUGACAGGCACCCAGACCCCAAAAGAAGACGUAUGGAUGAAUUCCGUCCAAAUUACCACCAGGGCAGAGACGGCCCCCUCCAGGACUUUAGGAGGAUGCCGGAGCACAGGCUAAUGGGGCCACCUGGACCGGACCACUACAGGCCCUUUCCUAUGGACAAACCUCCUCCUUUGAUGGACCCUCGCUCACCGCAGGCUCAAAAGUCUCCUCAGGACUCCCGCUCGCCGCUCGAGCGACCUGUUGAGCAGAACAUUGGCACUGACCCCAACUGGAUCAACAGGAAAACGUAG